CGUGAUACGAAUCAAGCCGAAAGAAACCACGRCAUUUGCAACAGCAAGAGCAACUUCGCACACCGCAACACACCGGUGGAUGACAAUCCGAUCCACGCGACCUGCAUACCUUCUUUUUGCUGUUUCCGCACCGCUCUUMUCGAUCCAAGGCGUCGCUUCCCUGCGUGGACCCGUUUCGCUUCCUGUCACCGAUACCUACCACCGCUGCUGUUCCUACCGUGCAACCCUAAGCAACGCGUGUAGCAAUACGCUGUUUGACAUGACAACAACCCCUCGUACUACUAUUACUACUGCUGCUGCUGCUGCGAAGACAUCUGGCAAGAGUUCGUCGUCCCCCACCAGCGUGGCGCAGCAUCUGCACCGCGAUUGGCACCUGCACCUGCAUCCGAUGGACGGCGAAUUCAACGAAUCGGAUUCGUUUUCGAUGCUCCUUCUCGACCCCCGGUCCUGCAUCCUCCGAGUCGGGGCCGAUGCGGGGCGGCUCUGUACCGUUGGGAACCAGAUGCUCCUGGACCAACGGUCGAACGCGAGCAGCGGAAUCGACCAAGCCGGUGGCACCAAAGAGACACCAACACUCAAAGCAACACCAACGUCUGCCUCUGGGGACGAGCAUCUGAUCCAUGCACUUUCCGAGCUCUUUGUGGAUCUAUGCUUCACGGCGCAGUCCCUGGGCCUGGACUGGGUCAARAGCAUACGCUCCAAGAUGGCACUGAACGCCAAAAAAUAUCCCGUCGAGCAUUGCAAGGUACGAGUGCGGAGCCAGAUGGUGUGCAUUGUGUGUUUGCCCUUGAUUGUGCUGCCUUGCUUUGUGUCGUGUCUUUUCGUUUCGUGUCGUUUACUUAGGUUUUUUUGGUCCAAUUGUUUCUGCUUUCUUUGUCAAUUCCCGAAUCUACUCUAUGGAUCYAACCCACCACUCUCUGGUCCAAAACAUUCUUUUCUCUUCUAUUUCACUCGAAACAAAACGAAACGUUCCAGGGAAAAUCCGGCAAGUACACYUCCUAUUCGCACCUCACGGGCAUCACGACCACCAACCAGUCCACCAUGGACUACGGCGACGACACAAAGGACGACGAUGGAAACGGUGAAAGCGAUGCAUGCAGCGACACCGACAMCGUCCACACGGCGUUGCGGUCUCUGGAGUCCUUUGCGGGCGAGCACCUCCCAACGCUCUCCGAGGACAUUCGGGAGUUUGCCGAGGCCCGGCUCUGGGCCAGGUACCACAAGCCCCGGAACCUCAUCCUGGCGCUCCUGGGGGAGGCCGGAGAACUGGCCGAAGUCCUCCAGUGGGACGGGGACGACGACGACGACGAAGGAGGCGCCGACACGAGGCCCACCAUCGAUCCUUCCACCCUCGACAAGCUGUCCCAGGARCUCGCGGACGUUUCCAUCUACGCGAUACGGCUCGCGACCGUGUGCGGCGUCGUCGGCGGGCUGGGGGACUCGUUGCUGGUCCGGGCCACCGGUCCGCCCACCAGGCUGUUCCCCGGGGAAUAGAAAGCACAGCAGGCCACGAGCGUCGUUUGGCGGAACCAAAACACCAAUCGAGAGCGAAGCACGGAAACCAAGGAACCUACUAUGGAAUCAUACAUGGCUGCCAAAGGGCAACAACAGUUGGUUUAUUAUACUAGGCACACGGACUCUUCCCAACAGGGUGAUAGCAACUCUCUUUCYGACACUUGCAAACGAUCACAAGUACAGUACGCAUUUUGGUUCUCCUGUGUUUACUACAUUAAACAUAUUGUAAUAUU